CGGUGUCAGUUACAGGUAGCCGGCCCGCAGGAGUGGAGGCUCCGGCUCGGCGCAGGGUGCAGCGAGGGCGCCCACGCCUCGAGAGCCGCGGGAGAAGACGCCCGGGAGAACGCGAGACCUCGGCGGGGAGCUGCGGCGGCUCAGGUUGAUAUUGGAAGUUUUCUGAUUAUUAGAAAUUGAAUGUAAUGGCAGCAGAAUGUAUAAAGAGUUGCUGUAGAGGAUGUUUCUAUGGUGAAACAGAAGAGCACAAGUCUUCUAUGGAAAGGGACUUUAAAGCAUCAGUCUCAAAUGGCCAGAACACCAUCUGUACACCUCCACUGACUUCUGUUUCAGUAAAGCCCCAAGUUGGCUGUAGUGAGGAUUAUUUGCUUUCCAAAUUACCAUGCGAUGGCAAAGAAGUACCAUUUGUGGUGCCCAGGUUUAAAUUAUCUUAUAUUCAGCCCAGGAUGCAAGGAACUCCCUCACAUCUGGAUGAAUUAGAAGGAUCUGUCAGAGCAUCUUUUGGAGAUCAAAAGGCAGAACUCUGCAGUUCAUUGUACCAUGGACCCAGCUAUGAUGUGUAUAAUCCGUGCUAUAUGUAUCAGCACUGUUCACCUGAUUUAAAUAGGCGCUUUCCUUCUCAUUUUGAAACCAAAAAAAUGUAUGGCUCUGUUUGUGAUUUAAGGACCAGUAAACGUCCUGUUUCCCCUGGGCUAAGCAAAUCCAUGUUUGAUCUUACAACUCCACCUCAGCGAUUCAUCCAGAGACAUGACUCAUUGUCCAGUGUGCCUAGUAGUUCUUCUUCCAGGAAAAAUUCUCAGGGCAGUAACAGAAGCCUGGAUACAAUCACCCUAUCAGGAGAUGAAAGAGACUUGGGGAGAUUGAAUGUGAAAUUGUUUUAUAAUUCGUCAGCAGAACAGAUCUGGAUCACAGUUUUGCAGUGCAGAGAUGUAAUUUGGCCCUCUAGUUAUGGAGAUACUCCCACAAUUUCUAUAAAAGGAACUUUAACUUUCUCUAAACCAGUGCAUUUCAGAUCUUCAGCCAAAGAAGCUUCCAAUGCUAUUGAAUUUAUGGAAACUUUUGUAUUUGCUAUUAAACUACAAAGUCUACAAACUGUGAGGCUUGUAUUUAAGAUUCAAACCCAGACUCCCAGGAAGAAAACCAUUGGAAAAUGUUCUCUAUCACUCAGAACUCUCAGUACACAGGAAAUGGAUUACUCGUUGGAAAUAAUACCACCUUCAAAAAUUUCUGUUUGCCAUUCAGAACUUGAACUGGGGACUUGUUUUCAAGCAGUAAAUAGCAGGAUUCAGCUGCAAAUUCUUGAGGCACAAUACCUCCCAAGCUCAUCAACACCUCUGACUUUGAGUUUUUUUGUGAAGGUGGGGAUGUUUAGCUCAGGAGAGCUGAUCUAUAAAAAGAAGACACGCUUACUGAAGGCAUCCAGUGGAAGAGUAAAGUGGGGAGAAACUAUGAUUUUUCCACUUACACAGACUGAAAAAGAAAUUGUUUUCCUCGUUAAACUUUACAGUCGAAGCUCUGUAAGAAGAAAACAGUUUGUAGGCCAGCUCUGGAUAAGUGAAGACAGUAAUGAUAUUGAAGCGGUGAGCCAAUGGAAAGAAACAAUUGCAAAUCCAGAAAAGGUUGUUAUCAAGUGGCACAAGUUAAAUCCAUCAUGAAGACUUCAGGCAUUAAUUUAGUGAAGAAACAACUUUACAGUCUUUUAGAAGAAACAUAAUUUUAGUUUUCUAAAGCUUGUAAUGCAUUCUAUCAGUUAUACAAAGUGAACAAAAUGUUUUAAAAUAGUACCAAAACAGAAGUUAAAAUAAAGGGUUGUAUUAUUAGGCCAACUAAAUAGAUUAUAAAAUCUAUGAAAAUAUCAUUCCUAGAUAGGUUUUUCUAUAUAGCUUUUGCUUUUUUUUUGCUUUUUUUGUGCUUUAAAAACUUUUAAUUUUGAAUACUGAAAACUUAUUUUUCAAGUAAACAAAUCCAAAUCUUUGAGCCUCUAAAGUAAACAUAGAAAAAAAGUAAGAAACAACUGAGCAAGCAACUGCAAUCCUUCAGCAUUUCACAGGGUGAAUUUAACAGAGCUGUAUCUUCCUAGUAGCAAGGAUGCAGAACUACACACAUGGUCAUAACCUUUUGUCAUCUUGUACUAUUGGACUUCAAAACCUAGCACACUAAUCCCUCUUAGUACUAUUAGGUAUUUACAGGACUUUGCCACUUUUCCUGUGGUAGGAAUGAUUGAUUAGAUCUUGGUUAUAUGGGUUAUAUCCUCAUAUGUACUUUUUCGAGCAAAAAUGAGUAAAACCAUUUUAUAUUUUAUUUUGUACUUGAGGAAAGGUGAUACCUUGUGCUUACAAUUUCUUAUCUAUAAAUGCAUGAUGACCUUUUUUUAUAAGCUGCUUAUCUGUAGGAGAAUUAGAGAAUUAUCAACAUUUUUCCAAGAAUAAGUAAGCGUGGAGCUAGCAGGAUGGCGCAGUGGGUAAAGGAGCUUGUCACUACACUGACAGUUGAGUUCCUCCAUUUCUGGAAUGCAAAGUGAUAGAAGGAGAGAAGGGUGAACCCUUCAGUUUGCUCUCUGAAAUCCACAUGUAAACCAUGGUGCAUACAUGUAUUUGCACGCGUGCACGCACGCGCGCGUGCGCACACACACACACACUCUCUCUCUCAAUAAAAAAGAAUAAAUGAAGUUUAUUUGAAGUCCAAAAUAUGUACAUUUUGCUGUCUUCCUCAUUCUUAUCCUUUAUUUUAUUUGGUGUAAAAACAAAAUAUUUUAUAUUUGGACCAACUUAAUUUAGCAAAAGUAAAUGAGCUUAAAUAGUAAAUUCAGUAGUUUUGAUCAUAAGUUCUUUGUUUUAGUUUUUUUUUGGUUUUUCGAGACAGGGUUUCUCUGUAGCUUUGGAGCCUGUCCUGGAACUAGCUCUGUAGACCAGGCUGGUCCCGAACUCACAGAGAUCCGCCUGUCUCUGCCUCCCGAGUGCUGGGAUUAAAGGCGUGCGCCACCAUCGCCCGCUUGUUUUAGUUUUUGAUGUAAGUUACUUGUUCUGUAAUCUACAAUGUUAAAGUAUUUUCCAAUUUUUAAUAACCAUACAUGAUAAAAAUUUAUAGAAUGUAUAUAUUUUUCUACUCCAGGUUUUGUUUAGGUACGUAUUACAAUUUAGCCUAUGGAUAUUAUUCCUGCUUGGAUGGCCAUAAGAGUUGUGGCUAAGACAAUACAGUUUUUAGGAAGAAGCAGGCAACAGUACCUAAUAUUAUAAAGUGACUUUAUUUUUGCUAAUAAAUAAAUAAUGAGAUCUGUAUUCCUGAUCCUCCUCUCUCCCUCCCUCUUGACCAAUCUGCCUGCUUGCCUCUCUCUUUCUUUGUAUCACACAAUUUAGAUCAGAGAAAUAUUUUGUUAUAAUGUAGGAGUAACCUUUUUAAUUCUAGUUCUUUAUUGUCUAGAUAUUUAAUUAGGACCUAAACUGAACUGUUACCUAGAUAUCUUCUCAAGCUACAAAUAUAUGUAGUUUAUAUUCUCCUUGCUUCUGUUGCCUAGAUUUUAUGAUACCAGUGGUAUUUACCAGAGUUCUUUGCCAUUGUGAAUUUUGAAAAAUAUUUUUAGACUUAAGAAAAGUGGAGUACUAGUGAGUACUCCCUUGGCCUUUUAGGAAAAACAUCCUUUGUGAUAGUGAUAGUAGUUUGUAAAUUGAGACUUAAACUUUCUUUAACUUUACUUUGUUUAAUAGAUUUUACUUUUAAAGUUGGCA